AUAUCACCUCCCUUCUGUUUUGUUUCGUUGCACCUUCUAUUUCUCUCAUUCUACAAAUUAGAAUCGAAUCUAAUCUGUUUAACUAUCGGUUUUUGCCCAAUAUCUACGACUGGUUCUGCUUUCCCGUAGUAACAAAUACAGUCUGGUCCUCGUGAGAUCUUUGUGGGAGAAAUCGUUCCUCAGAAAUAAUUCCUGUUACAAUCUGGCUUUAGAGAGGUGUUCAUCUCUUCUAUAUGUUUGGUAUUUGCUUUUCUUAGUUGACAGAGCGUUUCUUUCACUCUGGCCGCUGCAACAAAAUCAUACUCUUCUCGCACCUCUAAGUGGGUGUGGGGUAAUUAUGACAGGGUGAUUAUAUUGUGUGUGCUUAGAAGAUCAAGAUCAUCCCACAUUUGGAGAUUGUGUCGUGUUUCGGAGGGUCUCUCACUUGACUAUGGCUAAUAUUUUGCUAGGACUUAAGAGUCAGAAAAUUUGAAAGAUUGCCUACUUUCUGAUAGUUGGAUGGUUAGGUUUUCAUGCUUCCACGCCCACAUCCAUUAUCCAAGGUCAAAGAAAGCAUUUCAACAAUCAUCUGCAACAAUGGACAAACCUAUGAAGGCCCCAAGCAUCUCUUCAAGCUUAAGUGCUGAGCAAGUAAAGAGUUCUUCUUCUGUGGGCUGUCGCUCAAAAUCUGAGGAAAUGAGUAGUUUCAGCCAUGAUGGCAAUAUGGCAGUUCAUCACAGAGUGCACCUUCUUAAAAAGAGCCAGUCUCUGGGAAGUGGUUUGGACAGGGAGGGGAUUGUUUCUAGCAGCAUCAACUCUGAUGAUGAGUUAGAUCAAGGAUUUUCAUGUGAUGGUUCCCAAGGAAAGAACUAUAGUGAAAUUCUUGGUGUUGUUGACCGAAGUGAGUUGAUUGAACCAUUUGACAGCAGGGACCCAGAAAUGAGCUUGCAUCAGGAAGCUAUGGUCUCUGAACCUUCUCAAGCUAACUCCAACCUGGUGCAUAAUGAAACUAUCUUCUCAAUUGGAGAUCCACAGCAGCUAGAAAGAGAAGGUCAUGCAGAAAGCGUUUUCUCAAUGGGAGAUCCAAAGCAGCUAGAAAGUGAAGGUCGUGAAGAAAGCAUCUUCUCAAUUGGAGAUCCAAAGCAGCUAGAAAGAGAAGGUCAUGAAGAAACCAUCUUCCCAAUUGGAGAUUCAAAGCAGCUAGAAAGAGGUCAUGAAGAUUCUACGACACAGAUAUCUAGUGACCAUGCCAAUGACUCUGGACAACAUACACCUACUACCCUACUGAUGAUCACUAAAUCAUGUUCCUUACCCAACCUGGGAGUCUAUACCCCUCCUAAUGAAGAAGGUUCACUUACGCCUGUAUUCAUAAGACCUUGCUGCAGAUCUUAUGAGGACCUGGGUAGUCUAGUUGCAAAGGGGAAAGGAGAACCUCAUGCAAUGACAGGUGAUGAAAAAGAUAAUAACAUAUCUGGGAGUGAAAAGGAUAAAUGUAGUCCUAUGAGUGGAGGCUGUGAUUCUUAUAAUCUUAUUAGCUUAGAGGAUAACUGGACAACACCAGGAAUGGACAGUGUAGGCACGGAAAAAAUUCUUCAGGGAGAACCAUCAGUACGAAGGUGGGAUGAAUUGCCAAGCAAAGAAUUCAAAAUAAAGCGUAUUGAGGAGUGGGUCAGCACAAUUGAUCUUAAUGAUUGCACCAGUCCUUUUGAAGAACCAGAAAUACCACCUUAUUCUACUGAUAAGGUAAAGAAAGGUUCCAAUGCAUUGGGCACUGUUGCUGUGGCAAAGUUGGAUACCAAGAUCAUUCCUGCCAUGGAAGCAGCAAAGAACUAUAUCUCUUCUUUGACUGCCACAUCCACAACAGCUCAACUAACAAAUCUUGGGCUGGCUGUGAUCCCAUAUCUUAGUGCUUUUGUAAGCCUGAGAGUGCUUAAUUUAUCAGGAAAUGCCAUAGUGAGGAUAACUUCUGGUUCUCUUCCACGUGGUCUCCAUAUGUUAAAUCUGUCAAAAAACAACAUCUCCACCAUAGAAGGCCUCCGGGAACUUACACGCCUCCGUAUACUGGACCUAAGCUACAAUCGGAUAUUCAGAAUUGGUCAUGGCCUAGCUUCUUGUUCCUCCUUAAAAGAAUUAUAUCUGUCUGGAAACAAAAUCAGCGAGGUGGAAGGUCUUCAUCGUCUUCUCAAACUGAACAUCCUGGAUUUGCGCUUCAACAAAAUCUCAACAGCGAAAUGUCUUGGCCAACUUGCAGCUAACUAUAGUUCCUUACAAGCCAUCAGCUUGGAAGGCAAUCCAGCACAGAGGAAUGUAGGAGAUGAACAACUGAAGAAAUAUCUACAAGGUCUUCUCCCCCAUCUGGUUUACUUCAAUAGGCAGCCGAUCAAAGCCAUUUCUUCUAAAGAAGUUGCUGAUCGCCCAACUCGAUCAGCUAUCACCGGACAUAAGUUUGACAGUGCCCUGAGAUCAGAACAUAAGUUAGCACGGAAAGGACUUCAUAGUAUAGCUGCCUCUCACAAGCCAUCUUCAUCUAGCCAUGGUCGUACUAGUCAGGUCGUGAGUUCACCAAAGCGAUCCAGAAGUCGACAUGGGCACCUCCCACCAAAUGGAACCAGAGCCAUUAAUCAUCGCCACCAUCAUAUAGACCUUGGCAACAAGCUCCUAAAUUUGCGGUCUGAUCUCUCUUUACACCGGAGCAAAAGCGAAGGAAACCUUGGAGCAUCAUGAGAUGAUGCCCAUGUGUUUAUGAUUUCAUGUUCAUCUUUUAAUUUAUCAUUGGUGUUAGCAUAAAAUUGGAUUUUUUUAGAUACCACUGAACUCUAUUCAGUCUUGAUACCAACUAUUUGGAACCGACUUAGAACGUGAAUUUUUCAGAUAUUGGACAAAUAUCCACUUUAAAUAUAGA